GAGGCCAAUACAUAUAAGAGAAUAUUGUCUCUGAAAAUAACAGGCGGGCAAGAAGACCUGAACACAUAAAAAUGGAUCUUAAAGCAGAUAUUCCUCAUCUGACUCAUCAGCCUCAAAUCAACCAGCCAGCAAAAGCAGAUUAAAGAAAUGCCAACACUGCAAUGAAGGAGGACAAGUCUAUGUUGUCAAAAUGCCAUUCUUUGGCUGGAUGAAAUGGCCAAAAAACUAUUCUUAUAAAACGGGACAAUUCCCAGGCUCAGAAAUUGUGACGAAGACUCUCUUGAGGGAACUGAAAUGGCAUCUGAAAGAGCGUGAGCGACUGGUACAAGAGAUAGAAAGUGACCACAGAGUUCAGAAGACCAGCACGGAUUACAACUGGCUGAAGAGCUACCAGAACCCUCAGAUUACUAUCCCGGCUACCGAACAAAAACAGCUUGAAGUUCUUUGCUCCCAAAUCCAACCUUGCCAAACCGGAAUCAUUCUCAGCAGAUUUCGAGAAGUGUUGGCUGAAAAUGAUGUUUUACCUUGGGAAAUCGUUUACAUAUUCAAGCAAGUUUUAAAGGAGUUCCUAGCCAAUCUUGAGAAGGAUGCUCCACAGGACAAACUGGAUGACGCCUGGAAUACAAACUGCUCUGUGAACUUGACAGCGAACGAAGAAGGCGCAAGCGACAAAGAAGAGAUCCCGACCGUGUCCAGUUAUGUUGACAAACACACUCAAGGCAUGUUCCCGACUUUCUCCCACAGAAUUUGGAACCUUCCCUAUUACUAUCCAUCAACUUAAGUUCUCCCCUUUGCUCUGUUUCCCAGUUAUUUAUUGCACC